GCCUGUCGUUAUUUCUUCUUCAUCCAGAGAACGAGCAUCCUUGAUUCCCUCUUCUCCUCUGCGUUUUGCGUUACAAAUUUGUCAAGAUGAGUUGCUGUGGCGGUACGGUCGCUGAGCACGAGGUAGUGCUCGACAAUACCGGCGACAUGGACGAGAUGCUUCCAGAUCAGCUCAUUCCAUCCGUUCCGCGAUCCGGCAACCUGCUGCUGGCUGCCAACAAAAUCGCCGAGAUUCAAGCACCGGCGGAAAUCCGAAGUAAGAUCACCUGGAGGCCAGGAGUUGACAUUUUCUUCGAUAAGAAGGAGAGCAGCAUCGAUUUGGUAAUGGAUUUACCCGGGUUCACCAAGGACGACGUGAGUGUCGAGGUCGGCGAAGGCCAACUGUUCAUCUCUGGGCCUCGCUCGAAGAAUGAGCUGAGAGAGAAAUACGGGGCAAAUUUGGUGCUGUCCAUCCAUGAGCGCCCCACUGGAUUCUUCUUCCGCUCCUUCCAGUUGCCACCGAACGCCGUCGAAGAUUCCGUCCGCGCAGUUAUGACAAAUGGAUUGUUGGAGGUUAAAAUCUCCUGCAUUCAAACCCACGAAAAGAAGAAGGUGGAGGUUUUGCUGCCGGGGGCAGCCCAGGGCGAGAAGGCCUCAAAAAAGUAAAACGACAUCAUGACGACGCAGAGGAAUGAGAAUCAUGGCCUUUGCAUACGAAGCUGAAUUUCGGCCGGAGCCGAUGGGUUCCCGCUCCUUGUGGUAUCUCGGGGAACUGCGUUUUUGACGAUGUACCGUAAAGGCGCCAGCGGUUGAGAUAAGAUGCUUCCGUAUCCGCAGGCAGCGCAUGUUACCCUGUUUGCUACGAUGCAGUUUCAGGGAUUGUCACAGCGUCAUCGUUGCAGGUACGUUCUUCUAUGAAGCUUUGAUUCCGUCUUAACUCACCUGACGAGUUUCUACUUUAAAUGGCCGUUGAGUAAAACUCGUCGGCGGUGAUAAGCCAGCAGACACACAGCUUGUUGUCUCCGGCAGUGCAUCAUUUGAAUCUUAGUUUAUGUCUGUACCCUCGCGAUGCCAACCCCGACUGAACUGGAAAGCACCUUUCGGAUGCUUAUGAAGAAAGUCAACAUCUGUUGAGUUACCCUAAAUUUGUGAACGCAAAACGGGGUAUGGGUGACAGUGAGCUUGAAUCCCGCCGUCGCGUAUUCACCCAGAUGUUUGUAGAUCAUCUGACUUGGGUCGAUGAGCGUUUGAUUUCUCGCACGUUUGCAGUUCGUAGAAAAAUAUAAUACCCUAUUAGUGAAUCAUGUAGGGAAUUAACAUCCGUGGUGGAGAUAAGGAUAGCAGUGAGGGUAGGCAGUUGAGGUCUACACGAAGGAGCUUGUCGCAUGAACGGAAAUCGAACAGAGUUUUUCUGAAUCAUGAUGGUAGUUUAGCCAACAGAACGACGCACACUAGGUAGUACAGGUAGGCACAAGGUGUGAGAAAACCAGAGGCAGCGUAGUCUAGAGGCAUAACAAUAUGUAUCAAAUGUCUGUAUCCGCGUGGCGUACACGUGGCGAUAUUUCCUCCUUGCUACAGCAUCUGGCAUCAGAACAAAGAAACUGCGUCUUAGUCACUUGCAGGCUAACGCCCGCGUCAAAGCGAAAUUUUU